CACAGAAGAAGAAACCGCUGGGUCAGCUGGAGAUCUAAAAGCUGCACAUUUGAGGUUUAGGUCGCAUUAAAAUGCUCCUACGGUCAGCCAGACCGUGGCUACUCCGAUGCAGGAGUUUCUCGUUGGCCAGCAGCAGACCUUACCACGCUGACAGCGUCGCUCGUCUGGGCGCGCAGCCCGAUAAACUGUCCUCGGAGUACCAGGAAAAUUAUGAUCGGAUGAAAGUUCUAGUUGAUGAAUUAAAAAGCAGAACAGAGAAGAUUAAACUGGGUGGGGGAGAAAAAGCCAGAAAGCUUCAUACUUCUCGUGGGAAACUCCUACCAAGAGAGCGUAUAGACAGACUGCUGGAUCCAGGGACUCCUUUUUUGGAAUUUUCCCAGUUUGCAGCAUACGAGCUGUAUGGAAAAGAGGAUGUCCCAGCGGGCGGUAUCCUCGCUGGAAUUGGCAGGGUUUCUGGGGUGGAAUGUGUUGUUGUUGCAAAUGACGCUACCGUCAAAGGAGGGACUUACUACCCCAUAACCGUGAAGAAACACCUUCGUGCACAAGAAAUAGCCCAGCAGAACCACUUGCCAUGCAUUUACUUAGUGGACUCUGGAGGAGCCAAUCUACCCAGACAGGCCGACGUCUUCCCGGACAGAGAUCACUUUGGACGCAUUUUCUUCAACCAGGCCAGGCUGUCUUCAGAGGGAAUAGCACAGAUUGCUGUGGUGAUGGGCUCCUGCACUGCUGGAGGAGCAUACGUCCCGGCCAUGGCAGAUGAAAGCAUUAUUGUGCGGAAGCAAGGAACCAUCUUUCUGGGAGGACCUCCUCUGGUGAAAGCUGCCACUGGGGAGGAAGUUUCUGCAGAGGAUCUCGGUGGUGCUGAUUUACACUGCAAAAAAUCUGGCGUGACAGACCACUACGCUUUGGACGAUAACCACGCUCUUCAUUUAGCGAGAAAGGCAGUGCGAAGCCUGAACUACAGGAAAAAUGUUGAGGUUACUAUAGAACCCACUGAGGCUCCCCUCUAUCCUGCUGAUGAGCUCUACGGCAUAGUCGGAGAUAACUUGAAACGCAAUUUUGAUGUCAGAGAGGUUAUCGCCAGAAUUGUGGACGGCAGUAAAUUCGAUGAGUUCAAGGCAUUUUAUGGAGACACGCUUGUUACAGGGUUUUCGAGAAUAUUUGGCUACCCUGUUGGAAUCAUUGGCAACAACGGAGUCCUGUUUUCAGAGUCUGCAAAAAAGGGAACGCAUUUCAUUGAAUUAUGCUGUCAGCGAAACAUUUCACUUCUUUUCCUUCAAAACAUUACAGGCUUCAUGGUGGGAAGAGAAUAUGAAGCAGGGGGGAUUGCCAAGGAUGGAGCCAAGAUGGUGACCGCUGUUGCUUGUGCCAACGUCCCCAAGAUUACCGUCAUUAUCGGAGGCUCCUACGGCGCAGGCAACUACGGCAUGUGCGGAAGAGCGUACAGCCCCCGGUUCCUCUACAUGUGGCCAAAUUCCAGGAUCUCAGUGAUGGGCGGCGAGCAGGCAGCGACAGUGCUGGCCACCAUCACUAAAGAUCAGAGGGCACGCGAGGGAAAGGAGUUCACAGCAGAACAAGAGGCUGCCAUGAAGGAACCAAUUGUUCGGCGAUUUGAAGAGGAAGGUAGUCCGUACUACUCCAGUGCCAGACUGUGGGACGACGGCAUCAUCGACCCUGCCGACACCCGCCUGGUUCUGGGACUGAGCCUCAGCGCCGCUCUCAAUGCACCAACAAAGAAGACGCACUUCGGGGUGUUCAGGAUGUAGUUUGGACCUGGAACAAGCCUUGCGCUUCCCAAGCUUUGUUUGAGCUAGACUUUAUAGUUUUAUCUGUGACACUUCACUAGAUUAGGAGGAGCCGGAAAAGAAAAUCAGGAGAGGACUCGCACAGCGUGGGAGAACUGCAGGUGUGAUCAGAUGUGUCCGUGGGACAUUUCCACUUUUAACUGUUAACUGUGCCUUAACCGUUACCGUUCAAGCGUAACUCUACUUAUACAACUGUUUUUGUUUGAUUUCAAUUUCACAACGUACUGUAAAUGAAGAAUAAUAAAAAAAGACAUCAUAAAA